AUGGCUCCCCAACUAGACGGUUACUUUAAGCAGGUGGACAGCUUGUCCGACGCCUUCAUCCAGCGUCUGCGUGAGGCUGUCGCCAUCCCCUCCAUCUCUGCCGACGAGGCUCGCCGCCCCGAUGUCGUCCGCAUGGGCAAGUGGCUUGCCGGUGAGCUGACCAAGCUAGGUGCCGUGGCCGAACUCCGCGAGCUGGGCAAGCAGCCCGAGAAGGAGCACCUUGACCUCCCCCCGGUCGUCCUCGCCCGCUACGGCAACGACAAGAACAAGCGUACCAUCCUAGUCUAUGGCCACUACGAUGUCCAGCCCGCAGAGGUGUCGGAUGGCUGGUCCACCGAGCCCUUUGACCUGACUGUCGACGACAAGGGCCGCAUGUUCGGCCGUGGUUCCACGGACGACAAGGGCCCCGUCCUCGGAUGGCUCAACGCCAUAGAAGCUCACCAGAAGGCCGGUAUCGACUUCCCCGUUAACCUGCUCAUGUGCUUCGAGGGCAUGGAGGAGUACGGUUCUGAGGGCCUGGAGGAGCUCAUCAUGGCAGAGGGCAAGAAGUACUUUGCCGAUGCCGACGCUGUCUGCAUCUCGGACAACUACUGGCUCGGUACCGAGAAGCCCUGCCUGACGUACGGCCUGCGUGGCUGCAACUACUUCUCGGUUGAGGUGUCUGGCCCCGGUGCCGACCUACACAGUGGUGUAUUCGGCGGCACGGCCCAGGAGCCCAUGACGGACCUCGUUCGCGUCCUCGGCUCACUCGUCGACACGGAUGGCAAGAUUCAGAUACCCGGCAUCAUGGAGCAGGUUGCCCCCGUGACAUCCGACGAGGAGGGCCUGUACGACGGCAUCGCCUUCACCAUGGAGACGCUGCAUGAGUCCUUGGGCAGCAAGACUACCAUCUACGAUGACAAGAAGAAGACGCUGAUGGCCCGCUGGCGAUUCCCCUCGCUGUCAAUCCACGGUAUCGAGGGUGCCUUCUCGGCCCCUGGUGCCAAGACGGUCAUCCCCGCCAAGGUCAUCGGCAAGUUCUCGAUCCGUACCGUUCCCGACAUGGACAUUGAGAAGACGAAUGCCGCCGUGUACAAGUACGUCGAGGAGCAGUUUGCCAAGCUCAAGAGCAAGAACACGAUGAAGGUGUACGCCCAGCACUCUGGAAAGUGGUGGAAGGCUUCCCCCAACCACUGGAACUUCUCGGCCGCCUCCAAGGCUACCGAGCGGGUUUGGGGCGUCCAGCCUGAUUUUACCCGCGAGGGUGGAAGUAUCCCCAUCACCCUCACCUUUGAGGAGGCCACGGGCAAAAACGUGCUUCUGCUCCCUAUGGGCAGCUCCACAGAUGGCGCCCACUCGAUCAACGAGAAGCUGGACAAGAGGAACUACAUUGAGGGUAUCAAGCUCCUUGGAGCCUACCUUCACUACGUUGCGGAGGAGCCGCAGAACUAA